GGUUGACUAGCUACCGUAAACAACGGAUUGUUUAUUCCGCCAUUGCUUGGUGGUACCUGGUUACCCACAUGCUGGUUAAUCUGGAUAUCUGAAAAAUAAAUUUUAUGAAGUCGCAAUGAACUGACGGAUAGUAAAUCAGAAAUUUAAGAUGGCAAGCGAAAUUGCUGGAAGUUGGUUUCCCUCUGGCUAUUAUGGGCAUUACCGCAGUAAGUCAAGGAAUGACUUUGUGUGUGAAUAUCGCCAGUUAGCCAAACCACAGCCACCUGAGAAGUUCUACAGAAGAGCAAAGCAACCUAUUGCCAAGCAUGUGUUCUCCCACCAUGAUAACCGUCACUCCUUCCUCAACAAUGCUCUCUACUUCGAAGAGGGGACUAUGAUCUUUGGUAUGUAAUAACUUUAGCCAUAGUAUGCUUGUAGUAAUUUGCAGAUAUUUUCAUUUUUUAUAAAAAAUCUUUUCUUUAAAAAAUCUUUAUUUGGAAAUAUGUAUAUUUUUAAGAGUAUACAGAUAUCUUUUGAAGUGUACAAAAUGUCUGUGUUCUAUAACUGUCUGUCCACAAUCAGCCUAAUGUAAACAUGGUAAGUGGAAGUUAUAAGUAAGAUGUGUCGCCCCUGACAGUGCAUAGGGUAUGUUGUGGUAAUUACAUUCUCAUCUGUCAUGCUGUCACCUGGUCUAAUCCAACAUCGACCGACCUCCAUAUAUAGGAGUGGUCUCAAAAGUAUUUUUAAUCCGGGGCCCACAUUAACAGACCAUUCAGCCUAGAUUGGUGGGCUCUAACUCCCUAUAUUUUAACAUAGACUUAAGUUUGAUUCUCAGCUUUUUUAGAUAAUACACUGACAGUUUCGAAAGUGUUCAAAUGAGGGUGUGUGUGUGGUGGGCAGGACAUGUGUUGCCAAGUGUUCUUAGGUCCUUAGUCAUGCCAGAAUCCUAGGAUCAUAGGUUCAAAACCCUGAUUUGCAAUUGUAAUUAUGAUCCUUGGAUUGUCAGCACCAUAUCCAUGCUCCCUGUUCUUCUGAUUGAGCUGAAACACCUUGACUGACUGAAAUACUCUUCAAAGUUGAGUAAACCCAGAAUCACUUACUGAAUUAUGGUGUUAUUUGGGAAUAUAUCAGAAUAGUUGGUUUUAUCAUUUUCAUUUUCGCUUUAUUUGUAGAUGAAUAAGCUUUGUAGUACAAGAAUUAUUUAAAAAAUACACACAGUAAAUAUUUUUAGCUAAGUAUUAUGGCCCAAAUGUUAAAGUACUAAAGGAUUUUGUAUGUGAAAGUACAGAAUGAAAGCUGAUAGGAAUCAGAAAAGAGGAAAUUAUAGGAGGAUUAUCGUUCAGGUUGUUAGAGAAAGUCCCACUCUCCAGUUUGCUAUUACAUGUUUGGUCAUGUGUUGACCCACACAAUGCUGGCAGUAUCAGCAGGUGUAGAGCGAAAUCAAGCAUUACUUAUCUGGCACAUCUGAUAAUGUCCUGUACAGAUCUACUCAUGUGCAGCUGAGUGGCACCAAGUCGAUAAGCUCUUUAAGAAUUAAAUACCAGCAAAGUAACCUAAUCUCCUUGUAUUGUUUAUAUGUCAUUGUAAGGAGCCUGUGUUGGGUUGUAGAGUAAUAGCUGUUGGAAUAGUCUGGCUUGAUGUUAAGCUUGAAUGUCUUUGUUAUUAGUGGAUAAACUACAAUAGUGCAUACUUUACACAAAUUAAAUUGCGCUUUGGAUUUAUAUUUAUGUUACAGCUACAACAAAGUAGACACAAGGCGUUAUACAGUCAAACUUAGAGUUAUAGUUACUAGAGAUAUUACAAUUGAUCCAAUCUCAUUAAAAUCAGAUCUUGUGCUCGCUCCCCUACAUAAAGACCUGAGGUAUUCCCUUUACAGGUCACAUCAUAACACCUUUUGUGAACUUAAACUGACCAAUGAAACAACUAACAGGAAGUCAACACUAGCCAAUAAGAAAACACCUUCUUGGGCUUAUGGCACUAGUUUCAAACUGGCAACUUUCAUUCCAGAUUGCACUUUGAUUGCACUCGAUUCAAAAUUUGAAAACUGAACAAAAGAAAAUUCUUGGAUGUCUAAUAGAUAGCUGAGAUUGUAUGGUAGUUCUUCCCAUGCACCUAUGGAAAAUGUCUUCCGUUUCAAAUAUUUAUCCCAUUGAAGUGAGAGAUAGACUAUGACAGCCAUAAAUGUUCUUCGGAAUACCCAGUGUUAAACUUUUUGAGAUUGUAUGAUAAGAAAACACAUUGGAACGUUCUUGAUUUGAUAAGUGACACUCUGAUUGGUCGGAUGAAAGGUCAUUCUGACAAGACCCAUAAUGGGAAGUCCUCUGAACAAAGAUAUGAUUUGAAUGAGAUUGCAAUUUGUCUUAUCCGUUUUUGCCAUGUUUACCUUUUCAGUUGAAUAAUUGUUACAUGUGUGUUAUUUCAACCUUUCAUCCUACAAUUGUUAUGUCAUCCUGCAUGUGUUAUUACAUCCUACAUGUGUUAUUCACCUUUCAUUCUAAAUGUGUAAUUUCAUCCUCCACCAGACCUGUCAACCCCUCAUCAUGACAAUGAGGGAGAUUUUUCUGCAAAGGGGGGGGAAUUUAUUUUUAAAAUAGUGAAAUUAAUUUAAUUAAAAUAUAUAGUAUUUUCUGUCUGUGAUAGUCUGUUGAUAGUCCGAUUACAACACUUCAUAAAUUUCCUGGAAAUGUUCAUGUUAUUCCAUUCCUGAGAAAUGUAUGCUGUAUUUGUAAGUAUUGUUACCUUUUUCUACAGUUUAUGAAUGAGGUGAGCCUCGUUGCCGUUGUUAACCUUUCUGACGUUGACAUGUAUUAAGCUCAUUGGUCGAUUAGUACUGUUGUAUCCACAUUAGAUUGCUGAACAUCAUCUUCCUGAGGCAAGAGAGUUAACUGACUUUAAAAGUCCAGUUUCCACCCUUGCCGAACUAGGUUGGUAUUAUGGAGUUACAUUUUGGCUGAACUAACAAGUCUAUGCAUAGUCCAAUCAAAACCGCGCACCGAAAUCGAAAUCCGGUUCGUAAACUGUCGUGCAGAUUUCGGUCGAUUGUAGGAUUUGCAAAGCAUGUGCACCGCCAACUCGUUGUCAGCAGAUAUGAAAUUUGAUACAGUUCUUUGUGUUGAUAUUUCCGUCAAGUUGUCAGUCAAAAGGAAGUAUAUGAGUUUUACUUAAACAUUGACUUUGAAACCCUAGCUCUGAGGAACCCUGAUCGUGUAAGUCAUUGUUAUUUCGACAAACGAAUCAACCAAUCACACAAAGUGUUGUUUUUGGAGAUGGAUUUUGUUGGUCAUAUCUGGUUUUCAUACCGAGAGUUUAAUGGCAUAACCUCGAGGAAUAGUGAUGUUUCAACAAAGUUUCAGAAUAUCUGAUAACCAAUAAAAUCACUUAUAACUGGGCAGAGGAAUAAACACGCUAAGAACAUGAAGAGAACAGUUCAUUUCAGGAAGUGAUAAGUACUCAGCUGAUUAUUCAGUUUAAGUUCCACCCUUCAGGCACCUGUGAGGAUUGUUCAAGUUUUCUUUACAGUUUACAUUGUUAAAUCGUUCACCACAUGAAUUUUAUUACCAGUUGAUUGCUAGACAUAGGUCAAACGAUGGGUGACCGUGAUAAGAGUCGCUAAUCCGGAGCCUCCCGCACAGAUCAAGAGGUAUCUCAUACAUGUAUGCAUACAGAUUUAAUCAGAAAACUUACUGGUAGAUAUCUGUAAUCGUAAACUUCAUGUUCUUUGUUUAUACUCAAGGGACAAGGAAUGUGAUUUUUUAAGAUAAUGAAAAAUGCUGUUUUGCAGAAUGUCCCACAUGUCCCGCCUCAUCCUACAUGUUAUGCCACCUUUCAACCUACAUGUUCUUCAGUCUCUUAUCCUAUGUGUGUAAUUUCAUCCUACAUGUUAUUCCACCUUUCAACCUACAUGUUCUUCAGUCUCUUAUCCUAUGUGUGUAAUUUCAUCCUACAUGUUAUUCCACCUUUCAACCUACAUGUUCUUCAGUCUCUUAUCCUAUGUGUGUAAUUUCAUCCUACAUGUGUUAUUUGUACUUUCUUCCUAAAUCUGCAAGUGUUAUUCCACCUUUCAUCCUACAUAUGUUAUUUCAUCCUACAUGUGUGUUAUUUCACCUCCUUUCAUCCUACAUGUGUUUUAUUUCACUUUUCAUCCUACAUGUGUUUUAUUUCACUUUUCAUCUUACAUGUGUGUUAUACU